AUGUUAGUUCUCCUACUCUUUCUCAAAUGUUGGCAUCUGAAAAUGAGUCCCAACUUCCCUCGAUAUGGGAAAUACAUAGUCUCGUUAAGUGUGACAUGCAACAUCGUCACGGUAGUUCGUUGCCUGGAUAAUGCUAUCAUUUCAUGGACAUACGUUGACCAAAAUGCCCACGAAGCGUUCUUCGCAGCCGAUAACCGGACAAUAUGGGUUUGCACAAGGGGCGUCGAUACUAUUGAGCUUGUCGACGGUUUUAGUGGUACUAUCGUUGGCAAGAUCUCUUCAUACGGUGGACCGAGUAAAGUAUUCUUCAGUCUAGACAGGAAAACCGCCUAUGUGAACCACAUUGGUUCCCCAUACCUGGAAAUUAUCGACGCUGCGCAUCAAAUGCUCGGUAAAGUUACGGUCAUAUCCACCGCUUCAAGGAGGAUUAUCGGGGUCCUAGACGCAGGCCUGGAAACGAAUCAUCCGAGUUUCGCAGAGCUGAACGGAACAACCCAUGCCUUCGUCACUGCAGCAGCCUUAAACGCAACAAGAGUCUACAAACAGCCUGAUCCUGAACAAGUCCUGGCGUAUGAAGGUGAGAUUCCGUCCAGUGGUGUACAACCUCAUAUCAUCGAUCUCCAGAACAGCUUAAGAGUCGCGAAAACUCUGGAUGUUGAGAAGCAGGGUCUGCAAUGCAAAGCGGAGAAUAAGCUGCUGGUCGUGGAGGUUUCGGACAGAGGUGGUGAUGUGACGGCGUCAGCGUUAGUGACGAUCAGACCAGCAGUCAGGCUCGAUAUGUUUCAGAUUAUUGGGAGGAAUCUGAAGUUGAAUACGACGUACACAGUUGGGGGGAAUGUAGGGAAUCCGCGGGUCAGGAGUGCGCCGCAAGUGUUGGGGUUCUUUAAGUUCAAAGGCAUAUACGGUGUAGAUUCAAUCAAGUUAGUAAGAAGGUAG